AUGGCAGAAGCAUAUAACUGGAUGACGGCUCAACUCAUCCCGGCUGCGGAGAAAGAAGUCUUGGAGGAAGAGAACGGCCCAGCAGGAAGAGAAGAACCGCAGGUGUUUACCCACCGACUACGGUGCCAAGUGGAUGCAUCGUGGACUCAUGCGGAAAAGAAGGCGGGACUGGGCUUCGUGCUCCUUCGCGACGAUCACAAGGUUUUGAUCGGAACAAGGAAUGAUGACAACGCCUCCUCACCACUUCAUGCGGAAGCUAAAGGACUGAUAUGGACCAUGGAGAUGAUGAAAGACAAGGGAUAUCACACGAUGCACUUUGAAACUGAUUGCCUGCAACUUCUUAAACUGAUACAAAGAGAAGAAGAAUGGCCUUCCAUGGAGGCGGAAUUAGAAGAAAUCUGGAUUCUCUCUAAAGUGUUCGAUGGUUUUUCUAUAUCGUUUCUACCGCGUGGUAUGAACCACCGUGCGGACUUGCUUGCGAAAGCAGCCCGUACUCGGUCUGAUACUGUUGUUUCUGUUUACGAUGAGACUCCUGUUUGGCUCGCUAAUAUAGCUAGCCCCUUGGAGAGUUAG